GACUCAGUGUGAACAGGAAUGACACAGUUCCCCAACCUGACAAACUGUGGCCUUUCUGUGAGAUGAUCUGUGACCCAGGAGACAAAGGAGAGGUCCACUCCUAUCUCUUUGAGCUUGUCUCUGAGUAUGAUGGGCUGGAUGGAAUCACCUACAAGGCCCUGAGCUCCCUGGACCCCAGCGCCGACCUGACCACCCAGAGGGGACGGGUCUUCAAGCUGAGGAACGAGACCCUCCACCUGUUCGUCGGCCUCUACCCGGGGACGACUUACUUCUUCACCCUCAAAGCCUCCACCAACAAAGGCUUCGGCCCGCCCGUCACCACCCGCAUCAGCACCAAGAUAGCCGCUCCCAUGAUGCCGGAGUACGAGUCCGAGGCCCCGCUGAACGAGACCGAGACCACCAUCACCAUCCUGCUGAAGCCGGCUCAGUCCCGUGGAGCGCCUAUCAGCUCCUACCAGCUCGUAGUGAAAGAGGAGCGGAAGUCAAAGACCCGCCGCGCCGCCUCCGAAGCCCCCGAGUGUUUCCCCGCCCCCGUCAGCUUCAGAAACGCCUCCAUCCUGGACUCGUCUUACUACAUCGCCGCCGAGCUGCCCCCGUCCAGCCUCACUGUGGUCCAGCCCUUCACGGUGGGAGACAACAAGAGCUACGGCGGCUUCUGGAACCCUCCUCUGUCUCCGGCCAAGAGCUACGUCAUCUACUACCAGGCUAUGAGCAGAGCCAACGGGGUGAGAUCAGGGCUGCAGACUGAGUCCUGUAAGAGUGGUGUGAAUCCCCCUCUGAGGCCUCAGGUGGAGGGCUCCUACCAGCUCGUAGUGAAAGAGGAGCGGAAGUCAAAGACCCGCCGCGCCGCCUCCGAAGCCCCCGAGUGUUUCCCCGCCCCCGUCAGCUUCAGAAACGCCUCCAUCCUGGACUCGUCUUACUACAUCGCCGCCGAGCUGCCCCCGUCCAGCCUCACUGUGGUCCAGCCCUUCACGGUGGGAGACAACAAGAGCUACGGCGGCUUCUGGAACCCUCCUCUGUCUCCGGCCAAGAGCUACGUCAUCUACUACCAGGCUAUGAGCAGAGCCAACGGGGAAACCAAAAUCAACUGUGUCCGCCUGGCGAACAAAG